AUGGCACCAGCACUGCACAUCAUACCCAUUGUCGACUCCACAGCCAUCUUCAAGGACGAUAUCUUCAAGGGGAAGGUCCUGUUCUGCACGGGCGGAGGUUCUGGGAUAUGUCGCGGAAUGACCGAAGCCAUGAUGCGCCACGGCGCCAACGCCGUAAUCCUGGGACGCAAAUUCAACCAUCUAACCCAAACGGCCAAGGAGCUGUCACAAGCUACCGGUCGCGAGUGCCUUCCAGUGCAGGUGGACGUGAGGGAGCCGGCGACUCUGAAGGAGGCUGUCGCGAAGACCAUCACAAAAUUCAGAAGAAUCAACUAUGUCAUCUGCGUCCUUGGGACUGACAUUACCUUAUGGAUGCACUUGCGCAAGUGCUGCUGGAAACUUCCUCGUGCCCAUCCAACAGCCAAUACAGCUAGUGAAGUGUUUAAAUCUGGGGAACUCCCCAGAAUGCUGGAUGCAUCAGGGUGGGGAGUUGCCCAUCCAUGGACCCCAGACCACCCCCUGCUGCUGGGGAGGGCUGGGGAUGACCGUUUCAGUGAUGGAAAAGGCUUGGGAGGGGUUUGA